ACGUGUCUUUCCAGGUAUGAGCUAACUGUCUGGAAGUCACCAAGUUUCAGAGAAAACGUUAGACGAAGAAUAGCUAGAAAGUCUACUGAUUUCCAUAAAAUGAUGUUGUAAAAUACUCAUAACUUGUUUGACGAUAUGCGGAAAGCUGGAGUUCAACUUGGAGCUUGUACUUUGGAGCCCCAAUCAGAGAUCGGAAAGGUAUAAAUAAAGAGGUCGUACAGGAUCAGACAUUCUCACGUCUGGCUGACUCCGUCACUAUGUGGGUACUCGUCGCCUCUCUGAUAUUAGGCCUUCAGACUGUGUCUGGCCAGAGCACUAUAAGAUGGUGCGCAAUCUCCGCUCAAGAGAUGAGCAAAUGUAACGCCAUGGCGCAGGCCUUCAGCGGUGCGGCCAUCCGUCCGAUUAUCCAAUGCGUCAGCGACGUGUCUGUGGAAGGAUGCGCGCAGAAGAUCGGGAAAAACCAAGUAGAUGCCUUUUCAAUGAGCGCUAAGGACAUCUACAAAUUGGGGGAAGAAACUAACUUCAAAAUAGCUGCAGGAGAGACUUCUGCUGAUGGAGAGGGCACCACCUACUAUGCGGUUGCCGUGGUGAAGAAGAUGAAGCCGGACAUCAACAUCAACACACUGAAGGGCAGGAAGACAUGUCACACAGGGAAGGGACGUACUGCCGGCUGGAACAUGCCCCUGGGAUACCUCAUCGACCAGAGCAAGAUGUCUGUCAUGGGCUGUAACAUCCCACAAGGCGUGGCAGAUUUCUUUAAUGCCAGCUGUAUCCCUGGGUCACGGGGAGACCCUCCCUCCCUUUGCCAGCUGUGUAAAGGCAACAACGAUGGACAGUUCGUAUGUGACAACACUGACAAGGAGAGAUACUACGCUUACAAUGGGGCCUUCAGGUGUUUGGCUGAAGAUGCAGGAGAGGUGGCAUUUGUAAAGCACACCACAGUUAUGGAGAACACAGACGGAAACGGUGACCCUGCCUGGACCACUGGGCUGAAGUCUUCAGACUACGAGCUGUUGUGUAGAGACGGAACCAGGGCCCCUGUGAGAGAACACCGCCGGUGCCACCUGGUCAGGGUGCCAGCCAGGGGCAUCGUGGUUAAAUCUGACAUCAGUGGCACUGUGGUCUAUAACAUGUUGACAGAAGGACUGACAAAGUCAGGUUUCCCCAUCUUUCAGUCGGGCGAGUUAGGCAGCAAUUUGCUGUUCAGUGAUUCGUCCACAAAGUUCCUGCGGCCGGAGUAUGAUGAUCCUAAGGCGUGGAUGGGCUCCAUCUACUACAGCACUCUCAAAGCCAUGGACUGCAUCCCAGCAGAGCUGCCCCAGUCCCUGCGUUGGUGUGUGUUGUCCAGCGAUGAGCAGCAGAAGUGUGUAGACAUGGCCGAGGCCUUCAGUGCCAAGUCUCUGGUCCCCAGUAUCCAGUGUGUGAUGGGAUCUUCAGUGGAUGACUGCAUGAAGAAGAUCCAGAAUAAAGAGGCAGAUGCCAUCACCCUGGAUGGAGGUUACAUCUACACAGCAGGGAAAAGCUACGGCCUGGUGCCUGCUGCUGGGGAGAGCUACACAGGGGACAGUGAUGGCAGUGUCUACUAUGCUGUGGCAGUGGUGAAGAAGUCCAACAGUGACAUCACCACGCUGGAGAACCUGAGGGGGAAGAGCUCCUGUCACACUGGCUACGGCCGUACAGCUGGCUGGAACAUCCCCAUGGGUCUGCUCAUAGAGAAAGGUCUCAUCAGACCAGCUCAUUGUCAGAUACCACAAGCCGCUGGAGGUUUCUUUAAGAACAGCUGUGUCCCAGGUGCCAAUCAGCCUGGUUUCCCUGGCAACCUGUGUGACCUGUGUGUGGGGGACAACAAAGGGCAGAACAAGUGUGAGAAAGGCAAGGACCUGUUUGACGGAUACGAUGGAGCGUUCAGGUGUUUGGCCACAGGAACUGGAGAGGUGGCCUUCAUCAAGCACACCACUGUCUUCCAAAACACUGAUGGUAAUUCAGGUGAGUCGUGGGCCAUUGACCUGCAGUCUAAGGACUUCCAGCUGCUGUGUCCCCACGGCUCCAGGGCAGAGGUCACCCAGUACGCCCACUGUAACCUGGCCCGCGUCCCCUCCCACGCUGUCAUGGUACGGCCAGACACCAACAUCUACGCCCUCUAUGGCCUGCUGGACAAAGCACAGGAGUACUAUAGUAGUGACACGGGUUCAGAGUUCAAGAUGUUUGACUCGUCUAAGUACCAGGGCUCUGACCUCAUCUUCAAAGACUCCACUGUCAGCAUGAUCGGAGUGGCCGAGAGGAAGACCUAUGACAAGUGGCUGGGACAGGGCUACAUGGACUCACUUACCAACAUGGAGUGCAACUCCUCUGCUAAAGCACUGUCUUCCCUGCUCCUGGUGUCUCUGAUGAGCUCCAUCUUCCUCUGGGUGUAAGAAGCCAUGUCCUAACCCAACCCAGCCCCUGUCCAAGUUCCAGCCCCAACCCAGUCCCCCUGUCCAAGUUCCAGCCCCAAACCAGUCCCCCUGUCCAAGUUCCAGCCCCAACCCAGUCCACCUGUCCAAGUUCCAGCCCCAACCCAGUCCCCCUGUCCAAGUUCCAGCCCCAACCCAGCCCCCCUGUCCAAGUUCCAGCCCCAACCCAGUCCACCUGUCCAAGUUCCAGCCCCAACCCAGCCCCCCUGUCCAAGUUCCAGCCCCAACCCAGUCCCUCUGUCCAAGUUCCAGCCCCAUUCCUUCACCAACCCCAGUAGCCUACUCCCUCUGUAGGGAAUCUCUCCUCUUCUGCCAAAGCGCCAGCAAUAACACUACACAUUACCACCCAGCACAUUACCACCCAGCACAGUACUACCCAGCACAUUACCACCCAGCACAGUACUACCCAGCACAUUACCACCCAGCACAGUACUACCCAGCACAUUACCACCCAGUACAUUAUUACCCAGCACAUUACCACCCAGUACAUUACCACCCAGCACAUUACCACCCAGCGAAUCACAGCAGCAUUUCCUGUCAUGUUGGAAUCUUUAGAAGAUGAUGUCUGCAUCCCUUCCUGUAUCUGAUUCAUAGCUUAUGAUUGUACUUUAGAUUCAUAGCUUGUGAUUGUACUUUAUUCUACUGUAUAUGUUGAUGCUAGGAUUUGUGAGGAAGGAAAACAUGUUGAAAAUACUAUUUGACUUGGGUCUAAAUUAUGGUCACUGUUGUUGAGUCAAGGUGCUUAUUGAGUCAGUGAGUCAAAUUUGCUUAUUGAGUCAGUGAGUCAAAGUGCUUAUUGAGUCAGUGAGUCAAAGUGCUUAUUGAGUCAGUGAGUCAAAGUGCUUAUUGAGUCAGUGAGUCAAAGUGCUUAUUGAGUCAGUGAGUCAAAUUUGCUUAUUGAGUCAGUGAGUCAAAGUGCUUAUUGAGCUUGUCUCUCAAUGGGGAAAAUAUCCUGUUUUCUUUGGUUGAGCUACAGAUGAUGAAGUCCUUCCCAACCAGAGAUGACGAAGGAUUGCUAUUACGCUUACUGACGGUAACUGCCAUAUCAGUGUAUAUGUUUUUACCCGUUACAUACUUUACUAUGCAGUGUUUGUCUCUCCGCAAGGUGUGUAUUUCUUACACCGACUAUUGUGAGUACUACUUAUGGGCACAAGCCAUAUCUGGGAAUAUGGCGUGUUUUGCACAGUCUGCCUUUACUGUAUAAGCUAAUGCCAUAUCAGUGAAUAUGCACUGCUUGAACUACAGGAUGUGUGUUGUGAAAUGUUUUUGAAAAGAGUCAAAUAGGGGGUGUUUUAUUCAUAUGUUCUCCCCAAAUCCUGGAAAGACAAAACAUUUAAGCCAAGACAACUUGCUCACUAUCUGUAUUUAGGGUCUCGAUUCAAUCCGUAUCGCGGGAAGUUCAGCGUUACAGCGUGAAUAGAGGCCUAGAAGUUUCCAUUUGCUUGGCUGGUAAUCAAAUUCUACGAUAAGAAUGAUGUGAAUUAUAGCCUACUGAUAAAUAUUAUGGAUUGGAACCUGCUUGCACCUGAUAUGCACUUGUUUUGGAGAGAACAUUGAACAAGCCAUCCUUGUUUUUUUUGCUUUUGAAACUUAGGUGUACUUUGAUUUUAAAGUAAUGUGGAAUUUUGAAAAUUACAGAGUCAGGUUUAAAUUCUUAUAUUACAUUUCAAUGUUGUACACAUGAGCUAAAAUCCAUCAUCUAUAACAACAGUGAUUAUAAGGAAUGGAACUCAACCCAACCCUGAUUCCUGCAUUGUGAUGGCGCAGUGUUCGAUUGAUUUUUGCUGCUCUCGUGCAAUUUUGUGUUCCUGUCCAGUAGAUCCGCUUGAUUUGUAUGUGUAUUUCAAUGAGACAUAAGUUUAUAUGAUGCUCAGCUACCAUAUCAGUGUAUAUGUACAGAGUACUGACUCAUUUCUGUCAGAAACAAACGCUUGCCUUCAAAGUUAUAGCAAUUUCUUCGAUGAAAUGAUAAACAUGUAACUAAUAUUUAGUUGCCAGGCCAGUGCGUCUGCAUAAGUAUUGCUACAAAACUGCGUCUUUAAGAAUUCUCUGCUGUUCUUAUUAAAAAUCUGCAUAUGGAA